GCUUGAUGUCCGUUACCGGAGGUGAGAAUGUGUCGAAAUGCGGGCAUCGCCCUAAACUAUCGUAGCAGAGCGCACCUGCUCCGCCGUUCACCUAAGACGGCCAUACCCCACCACAGGCAUGCGCACUCUAACGUAGCAAGACACACCAACGUGAUUUUUGCACAGCUCGCGAUCUGCUACGAAUCAGGUUCGGCGGACGAGUUGCAGAUCCGGCUGCAGGGUGCGCAGGUCAGGGGCCCCCAAUGUGUUAAAAGUGGCAGCAGGGCCGGCUGAGGAUGUCCCGCGCCAGCGAUGCUACGUUGCGGGUUGCGCCUGUUGUUCAAUCCGGCACAGCAUCCUCCCGUGAUUAUGGCAGGCGUGGGCCACACGAUGAGCAGGCACAGAAGCGUCAGCAGCGGAGUGAGGGAAUGGCCACUGGGAGACCUGUGAUACCAGGAGCUGUGCACAACGAUGGCAACGCUCGUGUAGUCGAAGCAGACGCAGCUGCGGCAGUGGCAACGGCAGCUUCUACCACGACUAUUGCGAAGCAAGGCUACGGCGCGGGGGAAAUGAUGACGACGCCGACGACGACGACGAUUAGCAAGGCGUACUGCACGCGGUGGGAGCGAAGGCGCAUCGUCGAGUGGAUGGGCGGGAUCUACGGGAUGUGCUGCGUGUGCUCGAUGCCGCGGCCUGGGUCUGCGGUACCGCCUGCUGCUGCUGCUGCUGCUUCGAUCCAGGCGGUCCAGCCAGCGCCGCAUCCUCCGACCUCAUCGCUCGGUCCUGCUGCCUCGGCUGCUACACCGGCGAAUUCAAUUACGAGCAGGUCGCUCUCGUGGACCACGGCAUUCCGCAGUUCGACCGUGCAGCGAGCGCGCAGCAGUGGCAGAGAUGAUGAUCGCGGCGGCCGGAAAAGCAGGGCAUGCGGGACGUGCUGCCACCCGAUCGACGUGAGCGUCUCGGCGGACGGGUUGACCUGCAAGACGAAGGGCGGUUCCCUCCUGUCAGCGUCGGUCCUCAGCAAGUUCGGUGCAUCGGUCGGCCUGCGGGGGAACAAGCAGCAGCACCAAGCUAUACCAGCUGAGCUAUCAACGACGAGGUCUCUGCAAGGGCUUACUGGGCUUGCGGCAACGAGCACACAUGCACGGGAGUUGAUGACGACAUAUGGCGAGGACGACGGCGCAGUUCUUAUCGACAGCAGCGAUGCUUCCUCCACGGAGCGUUCCGCCAAUACGCUGGCGUGGCUGAGUGGUGACGGCAGCAGUGGUAGCGGAAACAAGGGCAAACCAGCACUCGAUUUGGACGAGAAAGCCGCCCGGUUGCGAAGGGCGCAGAAAUUGUUGGAGAAGUCGGCAAGCGGAUGAAGCCUUCUGGUUGGCUCCUUUGAGCGGCCGAGCGCCUCACCUUACAACAAACAGGGCAAGGCAAGCAAAAUCUGGACUAAUACCGUGGUUGUCACGUCGAAUAAUUGCACGCAUGGCAUAGAUCGCACUAUGGUCGUAUGAAACGCGACAAAGUCGUGGUCAUCAGGAGUUUGCCUCAUUCACGUCAUCUUUGAGCUGGGCAUCAUUGGCCUGCACAUGAAUGGGCACCAGUUCAGGGCUCGAUCAGCCUUCACGGGCGACAUCAGUAAUGGGAAGCGA